UCGACACAUGUAUUGAGCGGAAGGCACGUGCAGGAACGUCGCUUACGACUGAUAACGCGGAUUUGUAGCCGAGGCCGGAGCAAUGCACUCUACUUUGGCCAGAUUGUGCAAGCACGCAAGUCUCCCAUUUUCCACACUCGACAUCAUGCCUACGCGUGUCCUCAUAGUCGGCGCUGGCGCCAUUGGAGCUUUCUACGGAUCGCGACUUGCAACAGCAUCGAAUACAGCGGUCUCGGCACUUUGCAGAUCCAACUUCAAAGCUGUCAAAGCCGACGGCUUCAAAGUGUCGUCACCUAAAUACGGCGAGCAGAUUUUCAAGCCGGAAUACGUCUUCGGCUCACCUGAAGAUGCAAGGAACGCGAAGGUGAAGUGGGACUAUUUGCUUGUUGCGACAAAGGCACUUCCCGAUGUCAGUGACGAUUCUGCUCUGUUGGAAGGCUUAGUAUCGCCUGGGACUAGCAUAGUACUUGUGCAGAACGGCUUGGGAGUGGAAGAGCCAUAUCAGAAACGCUUUCCGGAUGCAUCAGUUCUGAGUGCUGUUACCAUUGCCAGUGCUGCUCAGCCCGAGCAUGGCAUUAUCCAGCACAAUCGAUGGACGAGGAUCUCAAUUGGCCCAUAUUUGCCACAUCUUGACCGAGGCGGUUCAGGAGCAAAAGACACCGACUCCAAAGCUAUCGAGAGCAACAGAACGAUAGUGCAACUUCUUCAAGAGGCUGGGAUCGCAGAUGCAGAAGAGUACGACCAUGCUGGUUUGCAAUUCGUUCGCUGGCACAAGAUCGCCAUCAAUGCAGCCAUGAAUCCAUCUUCGGUGCUCUCUGGAGGCUGUGGCAAUCAGGAAAUGUCCUUGGAACCAGAAUUAUCUCGCCAUAUACUCGGCAUCAUGCACGAGGUACUGGACACCGCUCCAAAAGUGCUCGGCAAACCUCUGCCUCCCAAGCUCGCAACGGCGGAGAAGAUCCUAGAGUCAACGAAACGGAACAGCUCUGGCAGUAAGCCUAGUAUGUGGGGAGAUUGGUCGAAAGGAGCGAAGAUGGAAUUGGAGGUCAUCUUGGGAAACCCCAUUCGGAUAGCGAGGGAGAAGGGGAUUGAGAUGCCAAGGCUGCAGACGAUGUACGCGUUGAUCCGAGCGGCACAGAAGAAUAGAGACAAGGCGAAGGAGAAUAAGUUGUAGAAAGGCCGUGGGAUUGGCCGCGUAGCACUCGGCGUGUUGCGCGGAACACUUUAUCCUUCAGAAAGCGCAUGCCAUAUGCCGAGCCUUUGAGGGAUUUGCUGUCGAGGCAUCGAUGAAGGCCCGAUAGCUCGUGGAGGGCAGUAAUGUUAGGUGUUCUCGCCCAAGGUCUGCAAGUUUCGGGGCCACUGGGUUUUGACCACACAUGAAGCAGCACAUGUUUUGACGCAUGCGAGCAGUUCGGUGGCAGUGGCUGGGACGGGUCAGAGUGAGACAUUGACUGAUGCAGGCCGAAGUUCAGGCCCCAUCACCUGAUGACUGACCGGGUUGCACAUGCACGUGUGAUGUAGCCGCAGGUACAAGGGACAAAUAUAGUGUCGACGUCGUCAACG